CUUCUGGCUUCUCUCUCAGAUACAUGCUUGCCGCCGCCACCGUCGCUGCUUCUGCGCUCGUCUGCUCGCCGGGCCUGACGCCCAUGGCGGUGCAGGUCCGCGCGCCGGCGCCGGUCGUCAUGGCUGCCGAGACCUCGCGCCGCGACCUCCUCUCGACCGUCGCGGCGGCGGGCGCGGCUGCGCUCGCCCCAGCGGCCGCCUUUGCGGAUGGCGCUGCGUCGAAGAACACGCGCGAGAAGGUCUUCAUCCAGCAGGGCUCGCGUGUGUGGCGUUUGCAGAGCGCCGACGCCGCGACGAUUCUCUCGGAGAAGAAUGCCUUCAAGAUCUUUGCGGAGGGCGCCUACGCCGGCCUCAAGGAGAAGAAGCCCCUCUCCAAGGAGCUGAACGCGCUGGGCGACAAGGCGGUCAAGGCGGCCAAGGCGGGCGACUCGUCGGGAGCGCAGGCGGCCGUCAAGGAGUUUGUGGCGCUGGCGAAGAUCACCAAGGAGCAGGACACGGUCAAGGGCGGCUCCUUCAACCCGAAGCAGCGCCGCAACGCGGGCGACCCGCCGACGGAGGCGAUCGAGGGUCAGAUGGGCACCGAGGUCGGCGCGCUGUACGGCAACAUGAAGCUCAAGUAGACUGCCCGACCGGCCGACCGGCGGCCGAUGGGCGCGGCGUGGACAGCCGCGCCGCGGCCGGCGUAUGCCAAACGGAAGAGAGUGAACGCGCAGGCAGAGAUGAGUGCCGCGGCACAGCCCCGCGGUGCGACUGUGGUUAGCCUACGAACGAGUCGUGGCGACUCCCUUUCUCAGUGUUCGGCUGGUUCGGCCCUCGCCGCUCGCCCCGCUCUCGUGUGUGCCUCUCCGGCCUACACGCUCCAGCAGAUUCUGUGUAGUGCCGGCGCAAGAAGAGAGAGCGCGGCGUCGUCUCCCUCUCAGUCCUCCACGAAACACGUCC